UCUCUCUUCGUUUUUGGUUUCAGUUCGUUUUUCAACCUGAACGUAAACGGUUUGCUGCCGUAAAUUGGAGAUAAUUUUGGACAAACAAUGAGCAAAGAAAAUAAUAUUAGUGUUAAAUUUUUAAUACAUUUAGUGGGUGAACGUCCUGCAUUGUGGGAUAAAACUUCCGAGGAGUAUAAAGAUCGCGCCUUAAAGGAGACAUCAUGGCGCGAAAUCUGUACGUUUGUCAAUGAAAACUACGAACGUAUGCAGCCGAAAGCUAAACAAGAAUUCACCCGAAUGAUUACUCGAAAAUGGACCCAUAUACGUGAUUCCUGGGUUAAAUCGAUGAAAUAUGGUUACGACGAAGAAACCAAAUUACCCCCAAAACCCUAUAUAUAUCAUAACGAAUUGAAAUUUAUGCAAAAAAUUUUGAAAUGUAAACCUCCGCGUUAUAAUCUCAAUAUGUCACAAUUAUCUAACAUGCAUUUUGAGGAAUUCUAUCGAAAUAAAAAUGAUAACAAUGAAACAAAUGAAGUAGAUAAUAAUAACGAACAGGAAGAAGAUGAAGAUGGCGAAGUUUUGAAAACAGGAAAUUUGAAACAGGAACAUAACCAUAUACAUGAAAAUGAACAAUAUGUUGCAAAUGAGGCGGAUAAUGAUGAUGAGGCGGAAGAAGACGAUUGGCCAUUAGAUGACCCAGAGGUAGACAUAGAAAUAGAAGAGAAAAAAUUAAAUGUAAAACCAGUGACAAAGACACGCACCAGUAUUUUUAAAAGUUCACGCAAUGAAGAUGAAUAUGUUCCUCCACCGGUGGUAGUAUCGCGACCCACCUCUACCUCCUCGGCUCCCUCAAAGAAUGGCUUUACAGAUUUAUAUCAAAAUCGUCAUUGGAAUUUCUUUCAGGGUAUUUUACCUUCCGUCAAUGACCUGGAUGAGGAUCAUGUUUUGCAAUUUCAAUCAGGUGUUAUAGUUUUACUGCAAAAAUUACGUGAAUCCCAAAAAUAUCAACGUAAACCAACCAACCGAGUACCUUCACACUCCUUGUUUAAAGGCCGUGGUAGAAAACGAAAGGCUUCAAAUGACAAUGAUUACGAUUGGCCCGUACAUAAUAUGGAAGUCGUUACCAGACAUUCACGAAGAAGCACUGGUAGAAGCAAAGCCGAUCCUAUAGCAGCCGAAGAUAUGGAUUCGCAAUUUGAAUAUUCUUCAGAUAAUUGAAUUGAAUGCAAUUAUAUAUAUAGUUAGGUUUAGUUAUAACUUAGUUUAUAAUAAGACUUUUAUGAUUAAUUUGUGUUUAAUUUUAAAAAUUAAAUUUAUUCAAAAUAAAUUUGAAUUUUAAUUA